AUGUCUUCGGUGUCUGGUUUUAGAAGUUUUACACAUAAUGAAACGAAUCCAUUCGAAACAAGUCCUCGGAUAUGGCAAUACGGGACCUACUUCGAUGGGACAGUGGUUCUUCGAAUUAUUAAUAGGGAUCCUAAUAAAAAUUCUUCUACUACUGAACUGUGGAUAAGACCAGUGUUAUCUUUACGCAUUAUUUAUCCCAAUGGAACGGUUAGUGAAAUAGACAUAGAACUAGAAAUUCCAGAAUUUAACUGGCACCCUUUAAUUGAUGAUUAUAUCCAAGAUACUAUAAAUAUAUAUGCGCUUCAUAAAGGCUACUUACUUGUUACAUACUUCAAUACUUCAAACCCAGACGAUAUUAAUACUUAUGAAGAAUGGGGACGAAUUAUUGAUUGGAAUGGCAAUUUAUAUGAUAAAGUAAAUUUCUCGAAGGCUUACAUCGAAAAUGGUAUAUGGUACCCGAUGGCAACGGGAAUUGUGACUAAUGUUGAUCCAGAAAAAGGUUUUUUAAGGAUAUUUGGGAUGAAUGCAACUUAUAACGAGUGGCAACAAUACACGAUUGGUAACACAUUCAAUCUUAACAAGUUAUCAGAAGGAAAUAUUGUACUUCCCCAAAAUGGAAAUUAUGCUUUAAUUAGUAUAGUGGCUACGGUUGACGAAGGUUAUAGCCUAAUUAUUGGAAAUUCCACCAACUCCACUGAUUCCAAUAACAACAAUCCGUUAGAAAUUCGUACCGCGGUAUAUGCUUUAACAAAAGGAUAUCAUGAUAAGCAAUUUAGUGCGCCAAAAAUGAUUUAUCAAUUACCCUUAGAUAAUGUUACAAUAACUGGUAUAUUCACUGGUACUUCAAGUACUGGAAUUGGACAAAUUUGUGCACUCAUUGUCACACAGAACUUCGCUAAUUUUUCCAGAAAUUAUUAUGUGAAACUUGAUUUCUUGUCAUCUGGCUCUAUAACGGAAAUCGUCCCAUUAAGCAUAAGCGUACCCGAAUUACCAUCAAAUUCUACUUCAGGAUGGUUACUAAAUAUUAUUCCUCAUGGUGGUUAUUUAUUCUUUGGUUAUUUUCUGGAUGCAAACAAUCAGACCAAUAAUAUUUGUGCAUAUUAUUUUAACGAAGUCGCAAAUAAUUUUACUAUAUGGGAUUAUGGUGAAUCAGUAGUUUUAAAUAGACGAGGUGCUUUUAUAAUUUUGCCUAAUAAUACUAUUUUAAUAUCACAAAUAGAAGGUCUUAAUGCGUGGAGUUUUAAUACUACUGAUAUUCCUAAAUUCACAGAUUUUGACCAUGGUUAUUCAAAUUUUCAAGUAAAUUAUACAAGUCCCUCAAUAAAUGCCAAUAUUUUAACUUCAACGAAAAAUAUCAUGAUCACAUAUUAUGAGCCAGUGGAACUUUCUUAUGGAAAUAUUUCGAUCUAUCAAAUUGAUAAUAGUGGCAACCACAUUAUUCGACAAUUUUUUAAGGGUAUUAAUAGUUUUUGUUCCAUCUCUGAUGACGGAUUAACUGUAACUGUAAAAGUUAUCAAAAGUACCUUUAGUAAUCCUAAUAGCCAAUUUUAUGUUAAGGUUGAUAUUAAUUUUGUAAGAAACAAAGCAUACAAGGAAUCCUUGAUGGGCAUAUAUGAAAAUAUUUGGAAAUUCAAUACAAGUUCAAGUGAAGAAACCUUUGCAGAAACAGUAUCUGGAGCGCUGCGUUUAACUAAAGAAGGCACCGAAUACUUCGAAAAUCUUAAUACAGCAGGAAAAUAUCAAUUCUUUACAGAUUUAAGUCUCGAAUUAUCUGAAAUUAUUCCUGUCAACAACAUUAAACGACUAAGUUUAAAUGGGAAAUUUCAAGUUGAUACCACUGUUAGUCCUAGUCGACAAAUAUUGAUUUCACUUAGAAUUGAAUCAUCCAAAGAAGAAAGAAGUGUUGCAUCUAUUGUAGAUGAUUUAAAUGUUAUGAUUACAUAUAAAAACAUGACUUCCAUUGGUUUGGAAUCUACCACAAAGUAUUUAGAUGAAAAUUUUGGAUUUAAACCUAAUCAAAAAGUAUGGGACCAAUAUAAGUGGAGGUUUUUGGGUGUUAUAUUAGUACUUGCAAUUUUAGUAACAUUUUUUUUAAUAGCACAGAAAAUAGAAAGCAAGGGCCGUAAUAUUGCUGUUUUACAACUUGGAUUAAUUAUUUUUGAUUUUGUAAUGGAUGUCCUUUUCGUCAGUAAGAAUGGUAAAAUUAUUGAAGUAUUAUAUAUUCCAAGUGUUGUAUUCUUGAUUGUUCCAAUUGGUAUCAACACUGUUUGGGCAUUUUAUAUUAUCAGUGAUGAAAACAAAUCUAAAACUUUCUUGGAUUGGUUCACUCGACAUGAAAAGGUGGCAUCAGUAUUUACAGUUUUAUCAAGUGCUGACAUCGAAACGUUAAGUAUUCUCCAUUCAAAUAUGGCAGGAUUAAAAUUUUUCCAAGCACCAAUUUCAAUUAAAGGGAAAAAUAGAAUAUUUUGGGUUUCUUUUUUAACCAUUUUUGUUGAAGAUAUACCGCAAUUGAUCAUUCAGAUAAUAUACUAUCAUAGAAUAGUCACAUAUGAUAUAAUUCCUCUUCUUGCACUCGUCUCUUCAUGUCUUAGUUUGUUAAUAAAUAUUAUUGGUAGAUUAUUUCAAGCAAUAAACAGUUGUCAACCUCAAACUUUAGAAUGUGACAGUCCACAGAAUCAAGAUGGUUUUGACAGUUUUCAACAACUUCAGACAUCAGCUACUGAAAGAAGUUUCACUUUGGACAAAUCGUUAUCGAAUUCAAUUGAUGUUAAUGAAGAAGAAAAAGACAGUGAAAAAA